UCCACAUCCAGUAAGUAGAGUGAUCAGGCAUUACAUACACACGCACAUUGACUAAUUUCUUCCAUGGCCUUAUCUACAAUCUCUUCUUAUUCAUCCUCUUCUUCAGUCACCUCUCCAUGGCUCUACGAUGUGUUCUGGAGCUUUAGAGGAGAAGAUACCCGAGAUAUUUUUACUGCCCAUCUCUACCAUGCUUUGACUCAAAAGGGAAUCCCCACCUACUUAGAUGAGGAUGAGCUUAGGCGAGGUGAUGAAAUUUCACCUGCACUUUUCCAAGCUAUAGAAGGUUCAAGAAUUUUCAUCAUUAUACUUUCAAAAAAUUAUGCAUCGUCAACAUGGUGUUUGGAUGAGUUAUUGAAGAUGCUUGAUCAAAGUAAAAAAUCAAAGCAACAAAGAGUUCUACCUGUGUUUUACCAUGUAGAUCCAUCUGAUAUACGCCAUCAAAGAGAGAGUUUUGGGGAAGCAUUGGCUAAACAUGCUGAGAAAUUGAAUGUAGAUAACAAGAAGUUGCAGCUGUGGAAGGCAGCCCUUCAAGAAGUUGCCAAUUUGUCCGGAUACCCUCUUAUCAGAAAUGGGAAUGAAUCAGAAUUCAUUGAAACGAUCGUUCAAGAUGUCUCAAGAAUGGCAAAUGAUCAUUUAUAUUUACAUGUUGCUGAGCAUCCCGUUGGAUUAAAACCUCAUGUAGAAAAUGUCAAAUUGUGUUUAAGCGUUGGAACGAAAGACAUACGAAUGAUAGGAAUUUUUGGAGUUGGAGGAAUUGGUAAGACAACUCUAGCCAAAGCAAUUUAUAACUCGAUUGCUUUUGAAUUUGAAGCUAGUUGUUUUCUUCUAAUUGAUAGCGACACUUGGAAUCAAGUGAAUCGUUUGGUCCAAUUGCAAAAUACACUUCUUUCUAAGCUUGUAGGAGAGUGUAGAAGUUUGAAGGUUGACAAUAUUGAUAUGGGAAUCAAUAUGAUAAAGCGUAGGCUUCACUCUAAGAGAGUUCUUCUAAUUCUUGAUGGUAUAGACCACUCGGAUCAAUUAAAAGUAUUAGUGGGAACUCGUAAUUGGUUUGGUAAAGGAAGUAGAAUCAUCAUCACAACAAGAGAUCAACACUUGUUGACUGCUCAGGGAGUUGAUUCAACAUAUGAGAUGAUGGGAUUGAAUCAAGAUGAUGCUUUUCACUUAUUUUGUUGGCAAGCUUUCAAAAGUGAGAAACCGGUUGACGGUUAUGGAGAGUUUGUAGAACAGAUCAUAAAUUAUGCUGGGAGACUUCCACUAGUUUUAACAGUACUUGGUUCAGAUUUAUAUGGCAGAAUUAAAAAAGAGUGGGAAAGUGCUUUGGAUCAGUACAGGAAAAUCCAUCACCAAGAUAUUCAAAAAAUACUUCAAACGAGUUAUGAUAGAUUAAGUGAAAAUGAAAAAAAUGUUUUUCUUGACAUUGCAUGUUUUUUCAAUGGACAACAGCUUUAUAUUGUCACUUGGAUGCUAGAUAGUUUUGGUUCUGACCCAAACUUUUCGAUCCCAAGACUAAGGGAGAAGAGUCUUAUUUCGGAAUUUCACGGAAUAUUGCGAAUGCAUAACUUGUUACAAGAUAUGGAUAGAGAAAUUGUUUGACAAGAAUCGCUCAAAAAUCUAGAAACACGUAGCAGAUUAUUCUUUCAUGAAGAUGUUCGCAAAGUACUGGAGAAUGAUACAGGAACAAAUAAUCAUGUUGAAGGAAUUGUUAUAGAUUUUCCUGAAGGUGAUGAUAUCAUCCGCUUGAAUCCCAAGGCCUUCGAGAAUAUGAAAAGACUCAGAUUAUUUAGAUGUCGCAAUGCACAUUUUUCUGAAGAACUUAAUUGUCUACCUAAUUCAAUAAGUGUGCUUGAUUGGCCUGAUUGUCCUUUACAAUCUAUGCCAUCUGAAUUUCGUGGAGACAAACUCUCUAUUCUACUCAUGCCUGGAAGUUCGAAAUUUAAGAAUCUCACGGCUAUGAAUUUCGAUGAUUGUCAAUCCAUAACGAAAUUUCUGGACAUUUCAAGGUGUCCAAAUUUGAAGAAAAUAAAUCUUAGUGAUUGUAAAAAUCUGGUUGAAGUUCAUGAUUCUGUUGAAUUCCUUGAUAAGCUUGAUACAUUAAAUCUUUCUGGAUGUAACAAACUAAAGAGACUUCCAAGUAGACUGCAGUUGAGAUCUCUGCAACUCCUUGAUCUUGAUAAUUGCUCAAGCCUUCAAAACUUUCCUGAAAUAGAAUGUGAAAUGGAACAUUUACAAGAAGUCUUCUUAUUAGGCACCGCAAUAGAAGAAUUGCCAUCAUCCAUUAGGUACCUCACUAGGCUUUCACGUUUAUUCCUAAGUAGAUGUGUAAACCUGAAGCGUCUACCAAGUAGCAUUUAUCAGUUGAGAUCUCUAAAAUAUAUUGGACUCGAUUAUUGUCCAAAUAUUAUAAGUUUUGGGAUGGAGGAGGAGGAGGAGUUGCAUAAUGGACAACCCACGCCCUAUGUAGUGUCUACAAGCUGGGAAAAUGAAGCUUCAUUGGGUGCAGAAUUAUUCCCAUUGCCGCCUCCAACAAAAUCAACAUCUUCUCUGCACUUGUUUCUUAAGGACUCUGGCCUAUCAAAAUCGAAUUUCUUUAGGCUAUCUAAUUGCUUUCUCAAUCUGGGUAGGCUAGACCUAUCAGGUAGUGAUAUCGUAAGCAUUCCAGCAAGCAUCAAAACAUUUGUUGGAUUGUCGGCACUUUAUUUGUAUAAUUGCAAGCAACUUCAAGAAAUCAUGGAGUUGCCACCGAAUCUUCUUUUGCUUAUUGCUAGUGGAUGCACGUCACUGGAAAGAUUACCAGAAAUAUCAAAAAAAUUUUAUUUCCCACGGCUAGAAUUUAUUAACUUGACCAGAUGCUUUAAAGUGAAUGUGGGGAAUUGUAUGCCAAACCCUGCAUGGAAUGGAGAUUUUGAAAUGAUAUUUCCGGGAAAUAAGAUUCCAGAUUGGUUCAGCCAUUGCAAGGACACUUCAAAUAGUCAUCGGUGUAAAUUUGAUAUUAAAUGGUCCCCACCGUAUAAUUUGGAUGACAUCAUAGGAAUUUCUCUUUGUGCUAUUUUUGAACCGGUUGGGACUAGGAGUUUGGAAGUUUGCGUCAGAGGAAAACCCGAGGAUAUGAGGCCCGACUAUUAUGUACGAGAAUUUGCUGAAAUUGAUUCAGAUCAUGUAUGGUUAAGGUACCCAACUACAGAAGAUAUUUGGAGCCUACAAGAUGUGAGUGUAGGUCGGGCAGAUGAUCAUCUGAGGAUUAUAUUUAAAAACUGUAUCCCAGAUAAUUCUUUGAUCUUCAAACGCUGCGGAGUUCAUAUUUUAUACAAACACCAUGAUGAACAUAAUGCAAAAGAUCAUGAAAAUGUUGAUGUCCAUUUGGAUGCACCCAUUGAAGAUAUUGGAAAUUUAGCAAAUCCAAUGGAUCAUGGAAGUCAACUUUCUAAGAGGCGUCGUAUUGAUUAUGAUGAUGAUUGGAAUGUAUUGAAUCCGACAUGUACCCACAACGUCAUUAUGAUGAUGAUCACAACCUUGGACAUCAAACUCUUAUAUAUAUAAUGUCCAAGUCUUUUCUAUUAUGAAAAAUUCUACUUAUCAACAUUCCCUACACGACACUACACAACAUGUGAUUUAGCAUUUUUGUCAUUUUAUUUAAACACACAU